CGUUCUCCUCUGGUAUCAUCGUAGUAGACUGAUAAAAACGGAGGAGGAGGGAGGAUAACGAAGAGAACCAACCCAUUCUUCCUUUGAAUCCUCUAUUAACGAUUCUGAAGAUUUGGUGUUUCUGAGUUUAUUAAAAAAAUGACAUUCUUAGAUUCACUCACACCAGAGAUUGUGGGUAUUGCUGUCGCUUUUGUCGCCAUCGGCGCCGGUGCUGCGUAUUUCUAUCUCAACAAGAAACCCAAUGGUUGUUUAGACUCAGAGAACUUCAAGGAGUUCAAGCUGGUCAAGCGGACUCAGCUUAGCCACAAUGUGGCUGAAUUCCGAUUCGCUCUUCCUUCACCUACUGCAGUGUUGGGUCUUCCGAUUGGCCAACAUAUAAGUUGCAAGGGAAGGGAUAGCAAUGGUGAAGACGUAAUCAAACCUUAUACUCCAACUACUUUGGAUUCAGAUGUUGGAUACUUUGAACUAGUUAUAAAGAUGUAUCCUCAAGGAAGGAUGUCCCACCAUUUCAGAGAGAUGCGUGUUGGUGAUUACCUUGCUGUAAAAGGGCCUAAGGGUCGUUUCAAGUAUCAACCUGGCCCAGUAAGAGCUUUUGGGAUGCUUGCUGGAGGCUCCGGCAUUACUCCAAUGUUUCAGGUUGCUAGAGCCAUAUUGGAAAACCCAAAAGACAAUACCAAGGUGUAUCUUAUCUAUGCCAAUGUCACAUCCGAGGACAUUCUUUUGAAGAAAGAGCUGGAUGGCCUUGCAAGUAACUAUCCUGACCGCUUCAAAGUCUACUAUGUUCUGAAUCAGCCUCCUGAGACGUGGAAUGGUGGCGUUGGUUUCGUCUCAAAGGAAAUGAUCAAAACCCAUUGCCCAGCACCUGCGUCUGAUAUUCAGAUUUUGAGGUGUGGCCCACCGCCCAUGAAUAAGGCCAUGGCUGCACACCUUGAUGACCUCGGAUACACCCCGGAGAUGCAGUUCCAGUUCUGAUUUUUUCCUAGGUUGUAUCCUUUAUUUCUCUUGAUUACCAUGCAAGUAAA